CGAUACAAGUAUUUACCAAAAUUUUGGUCAGCAGUUUGGUUUCUUGAAAAGGUAAGAAAGAAUGGCUCGCGGUCAUCAGAAGAUCCAGUCACAGCAAAAAGCGCAGGAAAAGGCAGCGAAGCUAAAGAAACAACAGGGCCAUGGACUGAGUGAUCAAAUGAAAGCAGCUCAGAAAGCGCUCGUGUUUUCUUGUGCCGUGUGCAAGUCCCAAAUGCCGGACCCGAAAACGUACAAGCAGCACUUUGAAAACAAGCACCCGAAGAACGAUCUUCCUGCCGAUUUGAAGGACGUUUAACCGGAGGACGGAUGGUACUAACAUCUCCGGAACCACAAGCGAUCAAUCAGAGAGGUUCGAUUCCGUGAAUUGCUUCGACGAUAUUUUUCCAGUUUCUGUGUACUUCUUUUCCGUUCCGGUGCAUUCCAUUUGGUUGAGAUAUUACUUUCCAUCGUCUGCAACAUCUAUUUAGCGUUUUCUAUUCGUCCCAAGUAAUGUAAAUAGUUGCUGGAAAGGGGACCGACGGCGUUCCCGUAUCUCUAACUACAAUGUUUGCGCUCAAAUCGACCUGACCAAGUUGAGUAUUAAAUGAGAAUAAAUUAAAAUACACUUGAAGCUCUGGCUGUUACUUUUUCUCAUACUCUCUACGUAUUGCAAAAUAGAAAUGUUUCAAAAAAUGUCAACGGCUUUAUUAGUUUACAUUAUCGUAAGAUUUUCAAAGAGCGGUUUCUCAGAAUAAACUCGGUAGCAUGCCUGUAUACCUAGGAAAUGAACGCGCAGUUCGUAAAAACCUACCCAGCAGUUGGCUGUGUGCAGUAAUUCUCUACUUAUUUUCGUUUUACAAAGUAUUCUGAUUGAAGAGACAAACAAUGCUUAUGUGCGGUCGAAUAGGACUGGAGGGAAAGUAAGCAAUUUGACCAAGGAGCCGACAUCACCCGGCACGCUUCAGGAGUACGGAGGGGCGGCGACUUAGUCCUUGGUGGUAGCAGUCUGGCGCAUUCAGACAUCUUUCAAUUCAGCAGGCAUAUCGUUUUUGGGAUGUUUGU